AUGAAGUCGUUGAGUUAUGUUGUCAGAGAGGACUGUGCCGUGUGCGCAGGGCUGUCCAGCAUGCCGCUGGACGGGAAAGCGGAGGUGUCGGCGGGCAAGGGCGGCGGGGCGCCGGGCGGCGCCGCCAGCCUCGCGGGCCCGCCGCAGGAGUGCGCUGGCUGCGGCAAGAAGAUCACCGAGCGCUUCCUGCUGAAGGCGCUCGACGUCUUCUGGCACGAGGACUGCCUCAAGUGCGGCUGCUGUGACUGCCGCCUGGGGGAGGUGGGCUCCACGCUCUACACCAAGGCCGACCUCAUCCUGUGCCGCCGCGACUACCUCAGGCUGUUCGGCAACACGGGCCACUGCGCCGCCUGCUCCAAGGUGAUCCCGGCCUUCGAGAUGGUGAUGCGCGCGCGCUCCAACGUCUACCACCUCGAGUGCUUCGCCUGCCAGCAGUGCAACCACAGCUUCUGCUCCGUGGUCAACGAAAACAAAAGUCUUUCUCAUAAGCUGCGUUCUGCUGGGCAGCGCCCUUCAGAAGGCGGUAUUUGCGGGCCCCAAGUUGUCAUUCCAGAAAUUACAGGCGGCGAGCAUGUCUUUAAGUCUCAGAACGUCACGAUGGCGCAUCUGUCAGCAUCCGUAGCCGUGGAAAACGAAGCUGAGGACAAGAGGGUUCAUGAAUUCUACGGAAGUUUACGAAUAAAAGACAAUGCUUAA